AUUGAUAGUGUAAAUAUUCCCAGUAAUUUUCUCAUCUUUCAUAUUACCAAACAUAUCUUAUUUGAAAGAUGGGUUCGAAGAUGGCUAUAGUGAUCGUAGCCUUGUUCGCCAUGCUCCUUUUCAUCUCCCCUGAGGUGGCAUGCAGGAAUUUCAAAGAGGAGCUAGGUGAGGUUGUCAAAGAGACUAAUGAGGAGAGUGAUGCCAGAUUAGCCGGUAGUAGUGGUGGUGACCUUGAUAAGUCUUAUUGUCCUGUCCACUUGCCCUUGAUGGAGUAUAGAAAGUGGAUAGGAAAUUGCCGUUGUGGCUGUUGUCAGUGGACCACAGAGCCGGAAGUUUGCCUAUAUUGCUGUCCAGAAAGUCACGUUCCUGAUCUCCCGAGCCGACCGCGAGCUUAUUAACAAUUGAGACAAUGUAUACAGUUCUACGUACUAAAUAAUAUAUUUCAUGAAUAAAAUCUGGUGUUGUAUGUGAGAGGCAUGCACAGACAGCAAGGCCUGUCUUUCUUACCACUAGAGAUAUAUUUCAAAAACAGAAAUAAUAUUGAAUAAUACGAUUGUGCCCGGCCGUGUGACUCUUACAUAUAUACCAAUUACUUUAUAUA